AAUGGUGGUGCCUGUUCUCAGGUGGAUCCUCUGAAGGCCAUGGAAUCCUCCAUGGGGUCCAGGAUGCCUUUGCUCAAAUACUGCAGUGCAGCCACGAGCCUCAAGGCCCCUGGCUGGGACAGUGCUGCUCCACCCUGGGACCUCUCCUUCACCUACCCCGUUGCCCUCCAAGCGCCGUGGCUCACCGGGCACAAGCCCCUUGCAAGCUAUGCCUCUUCUUGUCCAUGUCUCCACAUUGCCAGUCCAGCAUGUCAGGGGCCUGGCUGGCUGGGAAGAGCUGGAGAUGCUGCCAACACAUGGGUCCUGGCAAGAAGGGAAGCAGACGGCUUUUACUACAGGGCUCAAAUAAAGGCUGCUCCUGAGCUGGAGAGACAGGGUGCCCUACUUGUGGAAUUUGAGGCUCCUCUUGUCGCAGGCUCAAAGCUGCCAGCCCAGCAGGAGAGCGUGGUCUUAGAAGAGAAUGUCAUUCCGCUCUCUCCAUCUGUAGGAUACUCACUGAGACCAGGGGACACAGUGCUGGCACUCUGGGGGCCAGGCCAACAGCAGUAUGGCCCUGGCACCGUUCUUUUGGGCUUGGAGACGAGAGGUCCCCAGAGAGCAUCAAAGGAAGAAGAAAUCACUGUUUAUUUCUGGAAUGGCAAAACCGCUAAAGUGCCCAUAGCGGGGGUCCAGUGGGUGUCUCCAGCCAUCUGGAAGAAGGCUGUGGAGAGGCUGCACAAGCCUUUCACCAGGGAGCACCCCAGGCCCCUCCACGGGGCCCCCUGCUGCUCUCUGCUGCAGCCAGUCACUGGGUGCCUGACCAGCGAGCUUCCUCCGGGCACUCCAUUCCUGCGCCUUCUCUGCCGCCCUCACGCCUGCUGCCAGCUGCUGUGCCAGGCCUGCCUCUGUGGCUGCCCCUCAUGUGGCACCACCUGGUGGCCUUUACCCGGGACCUCAGAAGUCACAGCCAGAGAACUUCCAGAGUUGGAGCUGGAGCCCACAGCACAGCUUUUGCCCCUGGCAGGUCCUAAAGAGGAGAAAGUAGCAAGGCACGCUCCUCUGGCUGUUUCUUCCUCCUCAUCUUCCUCCUAUGAACAAGAUGAUGUGGAGAAUGAUCUGGAGAUGGGCCCUCCCGAGAGACUGAUGGUGAACAGUGCAGUCAACACAGACCCUAUCCUUCUUGAGACACCUCUGAGGCAGAGUGGCCUCUGUCAGCCUGGGUGGAGGUACUGGAGGAGAAAUGGGCCUGAGCCGCACCCUGGGAAGCCAGGAACAAGAUAUUCCAACAUCUGGAAAGAAGAAAAGGAUCACAAACAGCAGAGAGUACAAACCAUAGUACAGGGGACUACCAAGGAGCUGGUCUCGAAAGCAACCAACACAAAGCCAACACAGACCCUGCCAGGGGAAGCUGAACACAGAAGGCGGAGUCAGAGCCCUGCAAUGUGUCAGUGGAACAAGAAUUCCCCUUAGACCAAGACUGCUGAGAAUCUAGGUAAGGCAGAAAGGCUGGAAAUGGACUUCCUAAAGACUCCUCACAUGGGUCUUUAGACCCUUUGGGUCACAUCCCCUUUGAGAACAGUAAAACCUAUGGUUCCUUUUCACAGAAGAAUGCACAUGCCCUCAAUUUUGCAUGUAAUUUCCAAAGGCUUACAGAACCCAUGAAUUUAGUCACAGGCUUCUUGGUGGUACAAGGAUCCACAUUUAACUGACCUUCUGUACUAUGGUAUUGGGUUGGGGCCUCCUUUAUUAGGGCCCCAUAUUAGGAAUAUGGAGUCUAUUCCUCACUAAGAAAAAUACAACCCUACUUGAAACUUUGUUUGCAUCAUAUAAAAUACUGGCACCUUUCCCAAGGAAAGGUUUAUGUUCAAAAUGAGAUAAUCACCAGGCAACAAAACUGGGAGAUGUCACAGUACUGCUGUGGCAGCUACAAGAAGUUUGGGCCACGGCAAUGACUUUUGUUGUUUUUUUUUUUGAGACAGGGUCUCUCUGUCACUCAGGCUGGAAUGCAGUGGCAUAAUCAAGGCUCACUAUGGUCUUGAACUCCCAGGCUCAAGUGAGCCUGCCACCUGAGACUCCGGAGUGGCUGGGAGUACUGGUACAUGCCACCACACCUGGCUAAAUUUUUUACUUUUUGUAGAGAUAAGGUCUCAUUGUAUUGCCAAGGCUGGUCUUGAUCACUGGGCUCAAGUGAUCCUCCUGCCUUCACUUCCCAAAAUGUUGGGAUUACAGUUAUGAGCCACUGCACUCGCCCACAUCAAUGACUAUUUAAAAACAGUGACUUUUGGUUCUUGACACUGCAGUCAGCAUAACAAUCUAUGGAUUCUUUCCUCCUUUUAUAGGUAAAGAAUAAAGAUGGUAAAUACUUGAGGAGAGUUAUACAGAGUGGCGAAGGCCUUCUUCAAGGGAAGGAGGCAGAGGACGGGCCACAGGUAAUAGUCAAAUAACCAGCAGCAUCUCCACCCCAUGAAGACUUCCCAACAGAUGAGCAGCAGGAAGGCACCUGCUGUGAGGGGCACAGGAGUGUGGGGGCCCUGCCCUGGGGCUUCCUGCCAGGGCCCUGUUGAGGCUGCUUUAAGAUGCCUCUUCCAUGGAAGUGGGGGUCAGCCUACUUUGGGCAAAUGUGUCCAGAGCCACUCUGCCACCUUUCCAUAAAGCCUACAGUUGUACAUGAGUGACAUUUUGUUUUACCUUUUAAUAACAAUAAAAAUGAAUUUGAAUU